AUGUCAGAGAAUAAACUUAGGGUCGAGAACGAACAAGUGCAGAAAGGCGAUUAUGCCUUGGAUCAUGAAUUGGAAAAUGUUACAAAUGUUGUUGAUACCAGAGAUCUUGGAAUGAUAGGCGAAAUCAUUCAAGGAAUAAUUGCUUUCUUAAACUCACCUGCCUUUGCGACUAUAGUACAAAUUAUACAACAGAUAGUAGAGCUGAUUAUUGGUGCCUUCUCUUUGGUCUCAUUUUUAGGAUACCAUGGAUUCCAAGAUGAAGUUGUGAAACAAUAUAUUAGUACCACGUCUUUUUUUGUCGCAACAACACAACACGGUUCGUCCUUAUUCAGUAACGGAAUUCAUUUCAUGAUAUUAAUCCUUGACUUACUUUCCAAUCAGGACUUGACAAGUACCGAAAUUGAUUGGAAAACAAUUAUCUUACAAAUAAUUCUUUGGAUCAUUGAAAAAUUAUUGAAUCCAGACAAUGACGAUGGAACUAAUGGUAGACAAAAUGAUAAGUUGAGGGGAUCAGUUUCCUUAAUGGCUGCCUCAAUCAAAAUUGUGUCUAUUAUUAUCUGCUUGCGUUCAAUUUUAGGGUGA